CAGUCUCAAUUGUGUUUCGAUUUCGAUCAGCCGCGUCGCGCAUUAUUUUAAAGACUGUCGCGCAGUCUGUCGCUCUGUCUGCGUCUGUGUGUGUGUGUUUACUUAUUGUGUAUUGACGCCGCCUCUGCAAAUGUUUGCUAGCAGUUAAUGGCCAUGAAGAAACUCUAUGCCAAAACCUCGUUCACAAGCAAAAAGUCGCAUGCGCCAGCUGCUCCAAUACUUGCCUAUCAGCAGGCACCCGCUGCUGCUGCCAUGUGCGAGUUCCAAGCGCCCAGGGAGCAGCAGCAGCAGCAGCAGCAACAACCUGAGCUGCUUAUAAAACGCAGUCAAAGUUUGUAUCAUAAGCGUGCGCCUGGCAAUGAAUACUACAGCAUUGAGGAGCUGCAGGAGCUGGAUUUGCUGGACUAUCGUCAUCCCAUGUAUCAUCACUACCAACAGCAGCAGCAGCCACAACGCGCGCUGGCUGCGCAUUAUGAGCAUGAGCAGCUGGUGCUGCAGCUGCCCAAGGCCAUUGGCGCUAUGCCCACGAGCAUCUAUGAUGCGCCCAACUGGACGCAGCAGCAGUCGCAGUCGCUAGUCAAUGAUCAGCUAUUGUACGUUGCAACAACAACAACAAGCACAACACCAACCAUCACAACAACAACAAACGCAACACCCACAUGUUCAUCCAUUUCCAAUUCACUCACUUCAUCCGCCUCAACUGCUUUAUUUUCCACUUUACGCAAGUGCGUGCCUUUGCCCCAAACUUCUGACCCUAGUCCCGAUUCCAGCCCUGCUGUUGCUGUCUCUGUCUCUAAUUUGAGCACGGCUGCAAUUUCCUCUUCCUCUGUCUCGUCCAGACUCGCCAGCUCCAUGUCGUUCUCAAUUAGAGCACCGCGUCCGACAACAGCCACAAGAGCGGCCACAACCGCCACGCAGCAGCAUCUCUAUAGCAACAUACAUCAUUAUCUGCUGCAGCAACAACAACAACAACAACAGCAAUCACAACAACUACAACAACAACAACACAUACAACGCAUACCACAACGUCGCCAUAAUUCGGUCAAAGAUAAAUUCAUUGGGGGCAUUACAACAAUUUUUGCUGAGCAAAGCAUUAUUGGCGCUCGCGCCUCGGUGAUGGUUUAUGAUGACAACCAGAAGAAGUGGGUGCCAUCGGGCAGUUCGUCGGGUCUGAGCAAGGUGCAGAUCUAUCAUCAUCAGCAAAAUAACACAUUCCGUGUAGUGGGACGCAAGCUGCAGGAUCAUGAGGUCGUCAUCAAUUGUUCCAUUAUGAAGGGUCUCAAAUAUAAUCAGGCCACGGCUACGUUCCAUCAAUGGCGCGAUUCCAAAUUUGUUUACGGUCUCAAUUUCUCAAGCCAAAGCGAUGCGGAGAAUUUCGCGCGCGCCAUGAUGCAUGCCCUGGAGGUGCUGAGCGGUCGCGUGGUCAACAAUCCCACUGGCCAGCCAACAAAUGGCAAUGGCUAUGAGGAGGAUAUGGGCUAUCGCACAAUGACCAGCGAGGAUGCGGCUAUUUUACGACAGAACAAUGGCAUAGCUGGCCACAUAACGCCCUCGGCUCAGACGCCCACCUCGCAAACGAAUCAGAACAACAUACCACAGAGUCCGCCAACACCGCAGGGACAUCAUCGCACCAGCAGCGCACCGCCGGCACCACAGCCACCACCACUACAACAGCAACAACAACAACAGCUGCAGCAGCAGCAGCAACAACAACAGCCUGGCUCACACUAUGGACCCACUGGCAAUGGGCCAACGUCCAAUGGCUUGCCGCCACAAGGCAAUCAACAAAUGCAAAUACCGCCUGCUCCUGGGCAAACGCAGCAGCAGCAGCAGCAACAAUAUCAGCAGCAGCCCAUAUAUAGCUCACAGCAGCAGCAGCAGCAACUAGUGCAAGCGGGUUUUGCGCCCUCUCAGCAGUAUCAGCAGCCACACUAUGUGCUCUCAAACUCUAAUCCCAAUCUCAAUCUGCAUCAAUACCCGUCACAGCCACAGCCGCCCAUGCCGCCAGCGCAUCAGAACGGCGGUGGCCCCAUCUACGGUGCCACACAGCCCGCCCACAUACCCAGCUCGGCGAGCGCCAAUAGCGUCGUCUAUGCCAGUCAGCCACAAUUGAUGCCACAGCCGCCCCAAGCGCCUGCCUAUGGCCAGCACAAUGGCCAACAGCCGCCGCCACUCCAACAGCAGCAGCAGCAGCAAGAGAAUCCCUAUGGACAGGCACCGCUAGCACCGCCCAUGAUGCAGCAGCCAGUUGGUGCUGGUGUGCCCAUGCCGCCGCCACUAAAUCGCAUGAGCAGCACUGGCUCGGCUGGAGUAGUGCAGGCAGCGCCAGCGCCGCCACCACCGCCGCCCACUUUUGGUGGUGCACCACCGGCGCCACCACAAAUGUUCAACGGCGCUCCAGCGCCACCACAGCCGCCCGCACCGCCGGCACCACCUGCAAUGGGACCACCAGGCGGUCCAGGUGCACCACCGCCGCCGCCACCACCACCUGGUUUGGGUGCUGGCGGUCCCGGCAAGAAAGAUGAUCCGCAGGCUGAUCUCAUGGGCUCGCUAGCCUCGCAGCUGCAGCAAUUCAAGCUCAAGAAAAAAGGAUCCACCACAUCCGCUCCAGAGAAUAGCGGCAGCAGCACCUCCAGCGGCGGCAGCGGCAACUACGGCACCAUUGGACGCAGCUCAAACGGCAUGGCCUCCAUGAUGGAUGAAAUGGCCAAGACGCUGGCGCGACGUCGUGCGCAGGCAGAGAAAAAGGAGCCCGAUCCGGAGCCUGAAGUCAAGCAACGUCCAUGGGAAAAGUCCAAUACGCUGCCACACAAGCUAAGCAGUGGUGGCGGUGGUGGUGGCAACAACAACGGUGCCGCGUCCAAUGCGCAUGGCGGAGCCAAUGGCAGCAACGGCAGCGGUGGCAACAACACCGGCAGUGGCGGCGAAUCGCCGCGUCCGAUGCGCAAACGCUUUGGCAGCGCCAGCGAGGAGACCAUACUAAAGGUUAAUGGCGAUGGACUGUCGCUGGCGCUAUCCAACAGCGAUCUGGAUAGUCUAAAGGCUGAGAUCGUGCGCGAGAUGCGUCUGGAGAUACAAAAAGUCAAAAACGAAAUCAUAGACGCUAUCAAGUCGGAGUUCAAUCGUAGAUAGAUCAAAAUACUUAGCAUUUAAGCAGCCCUCUUCACUGUCUACACUGGAAAAAAUGUAACACCAAGCAUGAGCAAGCCACAACAACAACUGAUACUGCGAGAUGGAGAUUCACGAACUGAGUACUAGUAUUGAU